ACAAUAUUCUGUUCUCCUCUGAAGUUACGGCUAUCCACAGACAAGGUGACCAUUUCUCACACUGCCAUGUCUCUCCGAUUUUCUAGCGGGUCCAGGCAUAUUUGCCUACGGUCUGGAACUGAAUCUGUCAGACCACCCAGUGGAGGCACAGGCUUUGCAGGUAGCAAUGCCUGUGGCAGCUCUGGUGCUGGACGUGGAUUUUCCUAUGCUUUGGCAGGCAGCUUGGGCGGUCUUCCUGGUGGGGACCAUGCUGGUGGUAUCCCAGGAAGUGGUACCUGUGCUGGCUUUGCUGGAAGUGAAGGGGGACUCUUCUCUGGAAAUGAGAAGGUGACCAUGCAGAAUCUUAAUGACCGCUUGGCAUCCUACCUGGAUAACGUGCGAGCUCUGGAGGAGGCAAAUGCUGAACUCGAGAGAAAAAUCAAGAGUUGGUAUGAAAAACAUGGUCCUGGAUCUUGCCAUGGACUUGAUCAUGACUACAGCAGAUAUCACUUAACAAUCGAAGAUCUUAAGAAUAAGAUCAUCUCUUCCACUACGGCAAAUGCUAAUGUCAUUCUGCAGAUUGAUAAUGCCAGACUGGCUGCUGACGAUUUCCGGCUAAAGUAUGAAAAUGAGCUCGCCCUUCACCAAAACACAGAGGCUGACAUCAAUGGGUUACGGCGAGUCCUGGAUGAACUGACGCUCUGCAGGACUGACCAGGAACUGCAGUAUGAAUCCCUGAGUGAAGAGAUGACCUAUCUCAAGAAGAAUCAUGAAGAGGAGAUGAAGGCUCUGCAGUGCGUGGCCGGAGGCAACGUGAACGUGGAGAUGAACGCGGCGCCCGGCGUGGACCUCACGCUUCUGCUGAACAACAUGCGGGCCGAGUACGAAGCCCUGGCCGAGCAGAACCGCAGGGACGCCGAGGCCUGGUUCAACGAAAAGAGCGCCAGCCUGCAGCAGCAGAUCUCUGACGACGCGGGCGCUGCCUCCUCCGCCCGGGGCGAGCUCACAGAAAUGAAGCGCACGGUGCAGACCCUGGACAUAGAGCUGCAGUCCCUCCUGGCAACGAAACACUCCCUGGAGUGCUCCUUGACGGAGACGGAGGGCAACUACUGCGCCCAGCUGGCCCAGAUCCAGGCUCAGAUCGGAGCCCUGGAGGAGCAGCUGCACCAGGUCAGGACCGAGACCGAGGGCCAGAAACUGGAGUAUGAACAGCUCCUGGACAUCAAGGUCCACCUGGAAAAAGAAAUCGAGACCUACUGCCGCCUGAUAGAUGGAGACAGAAAAAAAGCAUGGCCAUCUGUUGCCUCAACUGUCCCCUCUUCCAUACUUUGUACAUCACAGCCGCAUCUUCAUCUGCUCUGGGUGAUCCCAGUCAUCCCUGCAGAAGUCUCCAUUUGUUAUCCUUUUAAUCCUUCUCAUGCUCUAAAUCAAAGGGCUUUGGAUCAGGAAGCCCGGGAAAUUCAUCUAAAGAUUUAUCCAGAACCACGCUGGUAAAGACGGUGGUUGAAGAGAUAGAUCAACGUGGUAAAGUUCUUUCAUCAAGGGUUCAGUCCAUUGAAGAAAAGACAUCUAAAAUGACCAAUGGCAAGACAGAACAAAGAGUUCCUUUCUAGUUGUCACUUUUGAGAAAAGAAUCAUUUGGGGAAAGAUCCUGCAAAACUUCAUUAUUCUAAAUAUCAAGGAGAUAAUAAAAACACUUUCUACCCUUAAAGAUUACUUACCAAGAAAAAAAUAAUCCUGUUGUCUUAGUUACCUUUUUAUAGGAAGUUGGGUGUUUGUUUUCAAAUAAAUAAAAAAGUAGAUGUGUGCUUA